GUGGUGAACAAGGCCCAGUUCCUGAUGUUGAAGGGGAAGGCGGUGAACGUGCUGUCGGAGUACCGGCCUGCCGCUGAGGAGGCCCUCUCCAAGGCUGUUAAGUUUGAGCCGGGCCUAGUGGAGGCCUGGAACCAGCUCGGGGAGGUCUACUGGAAGAAAGGAGACGUUGUCGGAGCCAGGACCUGCUUCUCCGGCGCUCUAACCCACUGCAAGAACAAGGUGUCACUGAGGAACCUCUCGAUGGUGCUGCGCCAGCUCCGUGCUGAGGGAGAGGACUACGCCAGCAACGUGCUGUCCAGCGUGGAGCAGGCCAAGAUGGCCGUCCAGAUGGAUGUCAAGGACGGCACCUCAUGGUACAUCCUGGGAAACGCCUACCUGUCUCUCUUUUUCGUCAGUGGGCAGAACCCUCGCUUGGCUCAGCAGGCGCUGACCGCGUACGCCCAGGCGGAAGCAGUGGAUCCCUCCUCCCGCGGUAACGCUGACCUUCAUCUGAACCGAUCGACGCUGUAUAAGUACGGGGAGAGUUACUCUGACGCUCUGCGGGGAUUUGCCCGGGCCGCUGCCCUGGACCCAGCCUUGCCUGAACCCCGGAUCCGGGAGACGCAGCUCCUCACCUACCUGGAGCGACUCGCCACCCUCCUCCGGCAGAAGGGCAUGCUGAAGACCAAGCGACUGAACACGAUGAUGGCCAGCCUGCAGAACAAGGAGCUGGCCACCUACAAGGCGCGGACCUACACGGGGAGCAGUGGCAAGGAGCUCUCUCUCACCCUGAAACCACUGCGGGGUCUCAGUCCCGGCCUCAACACGGGCACGGUGGUCAUUGGCAAGGUGCUCUUCAGUCUCACCGACGAGGAGAAAGUGCCGUUUACCUUCGGUCUGAUGGAUUCCGAGGGAACCUGCCUGGCGGUGAUGGUGUACAAUAUGGCGGAGAGCUGGGGUGUUCUCAUCGGAGACACAGUGGCUAUUCCUGAGCCCCAGGUGAAACACCACAGCAUUGACCAUGACGGCAAGCAAAUCUCCUUCACGAACAUCCGGGUGGCGAGCCCCCUGGUCCUGCUGGUGAACGGGAGGAAGCAGAGCCUGAGUAGCCAGGCCCGAGCGAUCGUCAACUACAAACCGCAGACCGAGUAAGAGACUUCGGCACCAGGGGAACACCACCAGAUCCUGACCCCCCCCCCCCGAACACUCGGAGACCACCGGGAAACACCGCCAGAUCCUCACCCCCCUCACCCCCACCCCCAAACCCCCCCCGAGACCACCUGACCCCUGACAGAUACAGCCCCCACCCCUAACACUUGGAGACCACCAGCGGAUAUGGCUGUAUCCCACAGGUAGGGCAUGUCGGCCUCCUCUCCAGUAAGCACUGGCGGGUACGCCUGUGUCUCUGAGGGACCGCAACCCGAUGUGACCGUAUCCCCACCCACCCUCCCCAACCCCAGAAAUCGCCCGCAGGGCCGCUCAAGCACCCCCUCCAGCCCAGGGGGUUCCUGCAGACACCCGCAGCCCAUUAUCGGAGUCUCCGUGCCCCAGAGCCUGCUCUGACCCACCCGUGUGGUUUCACCGAGUCCUGGUCCCCCUUCCUGCUGGUGCAUCCCUCACCUGCCCCAGAGACGGUGGGGAGGUGGGAGGGGGUGAAAGAUUACCCUCCACUCGCUUUGAUACAGUUUGCAAAGUGUACAUAGAUGUAUAUAUUUCCCAUGGUGCUUUUUUUUAAAGAGAACAUGUAUAUAUUUAUGUAUAUUUCUCCAGUUAACCUCCAGAACUGUACACCUUUCCUUGUUUCCUGCGUGUAAGUUAUUGACGGUACAGCCAGCGAGGCUUUGUGUUUGUGAAGUGGCUGAUUAAAAGGUCAUAUGUUGGAAA